AUGACUCUCACGUUUGAAUCAUUACCGAAUGAAAUAUGGCUCAUGAUUUUUGGGUAUCUCUCUUCACGUCAUAUGUGGCGAGCGUUUUUUGGUAUUAAUAGACGCUUGAAUCAGCUACUCACUUCUGAUAUCAUUCGUCAUACUAUCGAUUUAAGAGAUAUAUCGCAUGCUGAAAUAGUUGAAUUAUUUGACAAUUGUAGUUAUAAUUCAGAUUGUCAAUGGCAAACAGGGCUCGUCUCCGCAGCCCAUACUAUCUGUUUUGAGAAUGAAUUUGAUUAUGACUUACUUUUCAAUCGGUGGAUAAUUAAAACGACAGACUGGCUUUUAUCUUCUCUGCGAGUUAUUUACGUUUUACCUGAAGCUAUACUAAGCAUUUGGUCAUUGUUUAAUGCAAUUCAAUUUCAAACACUUCUCGAAUCACAACUUCGCUGUCUUCAUCUUGUUUUUAAAGAUCCAUCUUAUACCUAUAUGAACACAUUGGCAGUCAUGAUUCGUGAUCGUGUUUCGUAUCCAACGAUGAUACUUGAAGUAACAAAAGGGCAUGACGAUCAGAGUUGGAAACGCAGAAAUGAUCUGUAUGAUGCAAUAGAAUAUCAACUGUGUUGGAUAUACACUGUACGGUUGACUCUGAGUUUACAACAUUCAUCUGAACUCAUUCUUCUCUUGAUGCCUGAAGCUUUACCACUACUCGAACAUCUAAUUGUAACUAUUGAACAGCCACAAAAGAACUUACUAUCCAAACAAGGCCAGUCACCUGCACGUUUUGAAUUAUGCGAACAAGAUCUUCGUCGUACAAAUGCUAAUGGUACGAAACUUCGAUCACUUGUCUUACGUCAUAUAGAACUCGAAGAUCUUUUGGUGCUAUUGAAUUCACUCAACUUUUCUCAUCUUGACACACUCACGUUGGUUGAUGUCUAUGAUCAAUCUUUAGAUCAUUUGACAGCUUUUCAACAGUCGGUUAGCCCUUCAAAUUUGCCUGCUCUCAAACGUCAUCAAUUUCAAUAUUUGUUUCGGUUUCCUGCCAAGUACGAACAAGAAUGGAGUCGUAGAUUUCAUAAUUAUGGAUGGCCAUUUGAAAAUGCUAGCUCUCAUGUUGAUGAACAUUUGGAACUAAUCGAUAACUACUAUUCAUUGAUUGAUAUACAAUCCGUGCUUCUUGUCUACUCUGUACCUGUUUAUUUGUUGAAGCAAAUGCGCACCGUGCACAAUUGUGAACUUUUUACUCAUUACUUGACUACAGUUAGAAAGAACUUCGAUCGUUCAACGAUGGAAUGGCUAUGGAAGUGGACAAGCAACAAAAAACAAUUGAUUAAAAGUCUUGAAGCAUUAAGAACAAAUGAAGCAGAGAUCGUUGCUAGCCCAGAGAAAUCCAAUCCGUGCAUUCAUCUUCGUUCAUUGACGUUUCGAUUCAAACAAUAUCUUCCUUUGGACAGUGCCGAGCAUCGUUCAUCACUGGAAAUAAUUCUGGUAUUAUCAACUCAUCUGUCGCAUCUCGAUGUACAUUGGGAAGAUUUUUGUCGCUGUUCCGGCAGUUAUCCAUUGAUCACACAUGUUUGUCUCUUUGUGAAAGCCGGAGAGCAUCGAUCUUUUGAUGUCAAUCGUCUGGAUAUGCUCGUACCUAAAGUGCGUUAUCUCGCUAUUGGCGGUCAGGCACUGAUAAGAGAAAAACAUCUGAUUGAUUUUGCAUUAAGAUUUUUGGUCGAUACUGUCUAUUUUCGCGAAUUAAUAUUAUUACAAGUAAAUAAAAUCGAUAAUGUCAAACUUAAACCAAGGGUAAAAGCAGCCGUCAAAGAAGCAAUUGCAUCAAAGAUCGAUCGACUUCAAAAUUCAACUAUGACUCGAAUUGAAUUUUCCUAUCGUAACCAAUUGAGCAUUUGGCUUCGAUAA